UUGGAACAGAUCAGUCGGUCUGGGCUGCGCUAGGGUUCAAUGCACAAACAAUGGCUGCUGCUCCCGACCCUGGCUCUCCACUUCCUGUUGACCCUUCACGUGCUCCUGCACCUGGUUCUCCUUCAUUACCUGCCGGCCCUCCCAGUGGAAGAAAGAAAGUGAAGAAUUUAAGGGUGAAGUUAUCGGUUGUUGGUGCUGCCGUAGCGACUUUUCUAGCAGCUCUUGCAUUACUUUUCUGGUGUUGCAAAUUGCGAAAUAGAAAAGGUAACCUUAGAAAAUUCAUGGGUCCAGAAAGGCCAGAUCUUGAUGACAAAGGCGAUGAUGAAUCACUGUUCUUCAGUUUUACAAGCAUAGAAGUUGCCACAGAUCAUUUUUCUGAUGAAAACAAACUUGGUCAAGGGGGAUUUGGUCCUGUCUUCAAGGGUAAACUGGUCAACGGGCUAGAGGUUGCAGUUAAAAGAUUAAAUAGAAUGUCAGGACAUGGAAUUGAACAAUUCAAGAAUGAAGUCAAAGUGAUCUCAAAGCUGCAACAUCGAAACCUUGUUAGACUUUUGGGCUCCUGCAUUGAGAAAGAAGAGCGUUUAUUGGUAUACGAGUACUUGCUGAAUAACAGUCUGGAUUCAGUACUUUUUGAUGCAGCAAAGCGGAAUAUAUUGGAUUGGAAAGGAAGGUUAAAAAUCAUUGAAGGAGUAGCUCAGGGGCUUUUGUACCUUCACAAGUAUUCUAGAUUAAAAAUCAUCCAUAGAGAUCUGAAAACGAGCAAUGUUUUAUUGGACGCGGACCUGAAUCCCAAAAUUUCAGAUUUUGGAACCGCCAGAAUAUUUGGAGAGAAUGAGAUGCGCGGAAGUACAAUGAACAUUGUUGGGACAUAUGGUUAUAUGUCUCCUGAAUACGCCAUGGACGGGAUUUACUCUGAGAAGUCCGAUGUAUUUAGCUUUGGAGUCAUGAUUCUUGAGAUCAUAACUGGAAAGAAGAACACUUCUUUCUAUGAUUCGGAUCGUCACCUAAACUUAAUAGGACAUGUCUGGGAUCUAUGGACAGAAGGAAGAAUUCCAGAAAUCACAGAUUCUUGUUUGGAUGAAACGAUCUCAACAAGUGAAGCACUAAGAUAUGUUCACGUUGGUUUAUUGUGUGUGCAAGAAAAAGCAGCAGAUAGACCAACAAUGUCGGACGUGGUAUCCAUGCUCCUCAAGGAAUCAAUGGUUCUUGUCUCUCCUAAGCGACCGGCUUUUGCUGAAAUUAUGACUCUUAACAAUACCAAGUUACCGGAAUAUCCAGAACUUUGUUCUUUGAACGAGGUCACAAUUUCAGAUGUGCAGGGUAGAGAUUAUCUCGAUGUUCAUAACGCAGCUCGUGCCCAAGUUGGUGUUGUCCCGAUAGCUUGGGACGACACGGUGGCUGCCUAUGCACAUGACUACGCCUAUCAGAUUAUAACCUACUGCAAUUGGACGCGAUCUGGGGGCCCUUAUGGUGAGAACUUAGCUGAAGGCAGCGGAGACUUCACGGCCGGGGAUGCCGUCAAUCAGUGGGUGAGUGCGAGGCAAUACUACGAUUACGACUCCAACGCAUGUGCUCCAGAAACGGAGGAGUGCGGGAACUACACUCAGUUGCAGGCUGCUGCUUCUGGCCCUUCAGUUGCUCCCGCAUCUGGCUCUCCUUCAUUUCCUGUUGGCCCAUCACCUGCUCCCGCCCCUGGUUCUCCUUCAUUUCCUGUUGGCCCUUCACUUGCUCCCGCCCCUGGCUCUCCUUCAUUUCCUGUUGGUCCUUCACGUGCUCCUGCCCCUGUUUCUCCUUCAUUACCUGCCGGCCCUCCCAGUGGAAGAAAGAAAUCGAAGAAUUUAAGGGUGAAGUUAUAUGUUGUUGGUGCUGCCAUAGCGACUUUUCUAGCAGCUCUUGGAUUACUUUUCGGGUGUUGCAAAUUGCGAAAGAGAAAAGGUAACCUUAGAAAAUUCUUGGGCCCAGAAAGGCUAGAUCUUGAUGACAGAGGGGAUGAUGAAUCACUGUUCUUCAGUUUUACAAGCAUAGAAGUUGCCACAGAUCAUUUUUCUGAGGACAACAAACUUGGUCAAGGAGGAUUUGGUCCUGUCUACAAGGGUAAACUGGUCAACGGGCUAGAGGUUGCAGUUAAAAGAUUGAAUAGAAUGUCAGGACAUGGAAUUGAACAAUUCAAGAAUGAAGUCAAAGUGAUCUCAAAGCUGCAACAUCGAAACCUUGUUAGACUUUUGGGCUCCUGCAUUGAGAAAGAAGAGCGUUUAUUGGUAUACGAGUACUUGCCGAAUAACAGUCUGGAUUCAGUACUUUUUGAUGCAGCAAAGCGGAAUAUAUUGGAUUGGAAAAGAAGGUUGAAAAUCAUUGAAGGAGUAGCUCAGGGGCUUUUGUACCUCCACAAGUAUUCUAGAUUAAAGAUCAUCCACAGAGAUCUGAAAACGAGCAAUGUUUUAUUGGACGCGGACCUGAAUCCCAAAAUUUCAGAUUUUGGAACCGCCAGAAUUUUUGGAGAGAAUGAAAUGCGCGGAAGUACAUUGAACAUUGUUGGGACAUAUGGUUAUAUGUCUCCUGAAUACGCCAUGGACGGGAUUUACUCUGAGAAGUCCGAUGUAUUUAGCUUUGGAGUCAUGAUUCUUGAGAUCAUAACUGGAAAGAAGAACACUUCUUUCUACGAUUCGGAUCGUCACCUGAACUUAAUAGGACAUGUCUGGGAUCUAUGGACAGAAGGAAGAAUUUUAGAAAUCACAGAUUCGUGUUUGGAUGAAACGGUCUCAACAAGUGAAGCACUAAAAUAUGUUCACGUUGGUUUAUUGUGUGUGCAAGAAAAGGCUGCAGAUAGGCCAACAAUGUCGGACGUGGUAUCUAUGCUCCUCAAGGAAUCAAUGGCUCUCGCCACUCCUAAGCGACCAGCUUUUGCUGAAAUUAUGACUCUUAACAAUACCAAGUUACCUGAAAACCCAGAAUUUUGUUCUUUGAACGAGGUCACAAUUUCAGAUGUGCAGGGUAGAUGAUUAUUUCUUGGCCAGGCGUAUAUUUUCUUGCAGGGUAGAGAAAGGUGGGAAGCCGGCUGUAUCCUCAAGUUAGGGGCGGCCACCGGAGAAAAUCAGGAGAUGCCAAAGGAGCAUGCGUAGGUGAAGGGGUUGAAUUUAGUUCUGCAAGUUAGGUUGUUAGCUACUUGUUAGAAUUGUUCUAUAUUUUUGGUCUUUUGACUAGUUUAACUAUCUUUGAUUUUCUAUUAUCUUGUUAAGAUUAUUUAGGAAGUAUUU